ACGCCAGCUGUGCACGCUCUCUCUUGUUACCGGCAAAUCAACAAAAUCAACAAACUUUCAGACCUCGCCACUUCCGCCAUCCAUUUCUUCGCCGGCACUUCCCCCCUCAACAUCUCCGGCGAUGUCACGUUAUCUAUCAAAUAGGGGAGGAACUCAAGCACAAAAGGUUCGUUUCGAUGAAGAAGCGAUUCCCGACGAGGACGAAGUAGGUGGGACUUUGAAAUUGAGGCCCUCCGAUAGCAACAUCACGGAAGAUCAAGAGCCUUUUAUGGGAGUUAAAGUCCGUAGAAAAGCUUCUAUUCAUAGAGAUUAUAUCGGUGACUAUGUUGAUGUGCCUUCUCGACCUUAUCUCAUGAGGAUUCUCGAAAAGCAAGGUGACAAAAAGGUUCUGUUUGCUGACACAGUUCUGAAGUUUACAAGCACAGGGAAGAUGAAGCGGCGCAUUCUCCUUGUAACUGAUUUCGCCAUUUACAUUGUAGACCCAGAAAGUGGUGCACUUAAACGGCGGAUUGCCCUGGCAGCUGUUGAGAAGCUCUGUCUGAGUGAAUUAAGUGAUAAUUUCCUUGCAAUUAUCAUUCCGACUGAGUACGAUCUGCUCAUGGCCAGUACUCGGAAGACAGAAAUAGUAACAAUCUUAGUAGAUGCUACCAAGAGUCAAUCUGACUAUGAACUUGAUGUUCUCUUUUCUAAUAGGUUUGAGUACAAUGCAACUUCUGAGCUUGUUAAAGAAGUUCAAUUUGAGCAAGUUGAAGCUGGUGUCAAAACAAGAAUCUCACGCAAAUGAAC